UUUCUUAUUUUCAUGUGAUCUUAAUAAUCCUCAAAGUGCAAAAUUAGGACACGUUAUUAACAGUACUUAUGCAAUUUAUUGUAAUAAUGGUUUGGGACCAUCGUUUGGAGGUAGUGAUUUAUGUGUACUUAAUAAUAACUGUAAUUGGCAAUGUAACGUAGGUUCAUACCCUAGCAUCAAUAUCUCAGGUUCAAUUGCGAUCUCUGAUUAUGAAGUAUUUCAA